CAACUGAAGAAAACAACAAAAAAGCCAUUUGAGUAAUACAGACUCUGCCUUCCGUGUGUGGCUACUGAAGCUUAAAUAAACUGGGAUGAUGCUGAACUGAAAAUACCCUGCUUUCAGCAUGAAUCUGUUAAAGAACAGAUCACAUUCAACUACCACCUCUUUCACAGGAGGAUGACAAUAUUUCUGGAUUCACAAUGAGCUGUCCUUAUAAAGAAGAAGAGAAUCUGCUUUACGAUGAACUGGAAUGCAAAAUAUGUUACCAGAGGUACAAUGCUCAAAGUCGCAAGCCAAAAAUCCUGGACUGUCUUCACAGAGUUUGUGCCAUAUGUUUAGCUAAAAUGUCUGAUGUAGGAGUUGACUCACACUGCAUAAAUUGCCCUUUCUGUCGUCAUGAAACACAAGCUGGUGAAGGUAGAAUUACUGGACUGCCAGAUGACACUAACAUUAUGGCCAGGCUCACUGACACAAACAAAUCAGGAUGUAAUUCUGACUGCUCAGAGGUUGUUUUAGCUUCAAAGAACCUGGCAUCUUACAGUCCAUCUCAUGGCUCAUCAAACUGUGUAGUAAUUACAAUCAUGGAACUGCAAAGUGAUUUAAGAUCGCUCAGCCAUAACACUAGUUUAGACUACUAUGGGAGUUGCAGCUUAGACUCUCUGUCAAUCGCCUCUCAUAAUCAAACAGGCCAGGACAUUUUUUCAAAGCUCUGCAACCAUAUUCCAAGAAUUUUUUUCUGGUUAUUAGGAUUAUUUCACUUUGGAUCACUUCCUCUUGGAAUAUAUUUAUUGGUAAUUCAGAAAGUAACACUGGGAAUUAUCUGUGUUAGCCUUGUGCCAUCUAGUUUAACAGUAUGUUUAGUCUAUGGGUUUUGGCAGUGCCUAUGUAAAGGAAUGUGUGAGUGCACUUCAAGAAGCUGAAUAGUCCUCUUUCACACUGAGAAAAUAAACUACAUGCUACUCUUUUGUCUUCUAGUAAAAAGAACACUAAUCACUAAUAUGCUUUAUAACAUUAUGGAUAUGAAAUCAGUCAUUAAAGUUCUUAUGAGCAGUCAUUCAACUGAUAUCAAGAAAUAAACAUAUUUUUUCAUUUACUAAGAUAUAUUGUCAAAUAUGCUUUUAACUGAUGCGCACUGUUAAUAAAUGCAUUUAUAAAGUGUUAUAAGUAUUUUUAGUUUAGACGAGCCAAUGAACUGGGGAAACUGCACCUAUACAUGGAGCCUUAUUUAUGGAGCAUACUUUGG